UGAAGGUAAAAAUGACGAGAGCUGUGACUCUCCCUUUCCUAGUGGUAUAUGAUGCUUGUUUCUAGUCUUGACAGCUCACCACGUGUGAGUAAUGUGGCUAUUACAAAUCCAUGCCAUAAUGCCUUUUUGUAAAUCUAAUGUUGUUGUUUUUGCAGCAUACAAAAUAAAACAUCGUAAAACAAUACUUAUGAAACUUCCCAAGACAAGAGAAAGAGACAAAAAACAAACAAAAACAUUCUGAACAUGAUUAUAAAUCCUAACGUGGUCAGAACCUUGGAAGUAAUUGUCUCUUUAACACCAUGUAAGAUUGGGGGUAGGGAGGAGUCAAGCAAUGAUAUAAAAGCAGGCCUUUUAGAACUUCAAUUGUGCACUAAGAAUCACUUUUUAGCUAAUAGGGCUGUUAAAGGUUUCUUGCAAAAUGUUUAUAAAAAGUUGGGCUUCUUCCUUUUUUGUUUGUUUGUUUUUGCUUCUUUGUGAUGUAUAAUGAAGGCCUGAAAGAUUGUGUGAGCUUUUAAAAGUUGGUGGGGUUUUUUUGUUUUUGUUUUUUUAAACUCUGGAAAUACCAGGAACACCAAAUUUGUGUUUUGCAGGAGGACCUCUUGGGGCAGUGAUCUUAGAGCAUGUGUAUUGUGAGAUAUUGCACCUGGUUGAAGGGGGGAAGGAGAGAAGGGAGAUCUAUUUAUUUACAAAACUUCUUUUCUCCUAAAUGUUCAUUGCUGAGCCUUUGUGUAAUUCCAAUAAGCAGAAUCAAAGUAAAGUCAUAGAGUUGACUGAUCUAUUUUCAGUCUGUUGGCUUUUGUGAUGUCAUAAUUGCAUACGUUUUCCAGUAAUGACAGUGUCUUCCAGGGCUGUUAAGAACUGAAUUUCUAAUUCAGAAAAACAAAAACAUUUAGGCACUCUUUAAAUAAACAGAGGAAAGGGGACAAGCAAAGUUUUAUUUUUUCUUUGCUGGUUACUUAUGGAUAGUGAAAUAUUGUUAAUUAGACCCAACUUAGCCACUUUUGGAAUGUCACUGAUUGUCCUUAACACGGCUCAGUGUUUCUUAUUGUAUCUUGUCAGGAUUCUUUAAUUGUGCUGCAAAGCCAAUAGAGAAGACAGUUCUGCACAAAAUGCUGGACUCCACAAUUUGUUGUAGAUGUCAAAGGUUGUAUCUCCAUAAGGAGUGCUAACCCUCAAAUGAAAUCCUUAGCAGUAUCCCUGUAACAUCUAUGCACACAAUUGCCAUAAAGAGUGCAUAGGUUAGGAUUGCAUUUGCUGUAUGCAAGUCUACCCAUCCUGUCAGUCUCCAGUCAGUACUGCACCAGAAUAGAUAGCGAGCACUGGCAUAACAGUUGCAAUGGUACAAUCAGUCCUGCCAUCACAAUCCUGUUGUGUAGACUGCCUCACCAACCCGAUGUAAACUUCUUGGAACUGGCCACCAUGAGGCACCAAGGUUUGCAUCAUCAUACAGGGAUAGCCUUUUAUAUACAGGUAAGGACAGCGAGGCUUUUGUUACAACCAUGUGGGUCUAUGUGCUAAAUUAACUACAGAAGCGAGAGCUACCCCCAAAGACAUUUGAAAGUGUUUUUUAAAAUAAGUACAGAAAAGAACAUGUUAAACACUUAUGACAUUUCAAUUUUUAAAUAUUUUCAACUUUGUCUGAAUUACACUCCCAAAUUUGUUACUGAGAAAUUAAGUAAUACACCUUCAGAUGGGUCCAAUACAGUUUUUCAGCAUAUAGCUUUUCCUGUGUUGAAUGAAAGAACAUUUUCUGAAUUGAAAUGUAUAAUUUGGCAGAAAUUUGGACCAAACUGCUUUCAGUUUUGUUUUUAAUUUAACUGGUAAAUAUUACAUGUACCGGUAGGUUGAAUAUGAGUAAUGAUUUUCAUAAAAUAACCAACUUUCAAGGCAAGGGAGCACUGUAACCUUAAUUAUAAUUAAUACAAGAAACUGCCCACCCCAAUUUUAAUUAAUAUUUUAGCAUUUUUUUUUAUUUUGAAAUCCACAGCCCCUGUUCUGCAAAUGUGCAUGUAACUAAUUUUACUCCUGUUGAGUAGUUCCACUGAUAAGUGCACAAGGGUUGCAGGAUUUGGGUCUUUAACCACAAUCUUGCAAAAAUAUAUCAUAUGCAAGUGAGUAAAUGUUUGCACUAUUGAGUUUCCUAAGUAAAAGAAUGGUAAAUUGCAAAAUGGCACAUACCUAUUCAAAGAUCAUAAACCAGUUGAUUGAGAAAGAUAGCAACAAGAACACUGUCAACAAAACAAGUCACAUCGCUGCUAGAUGUUAACAACGGCUAUGGGAAUACUGUAACUAUUAGCCAAGAUGGUCAGGGAUGCAACCACUGUCAGAAGAAGACAAGAUACUGGGCUGGAUACACAGGGACCUGCACAGGCAUUUAAAUUUGACUGCUUUUGGAGAGUCGGCAUGUUUGCUUUUCCAACCUGGUGCCCAGCUCAAGUGCAUAACCAACAACACGUGCCCCCAAAGCAGAAAAAGCCUGCACGCACCCCACACACCUAUGCCGCUGAUCGCUGCACGGCUUAUUUAGCUUGCAGGGCGGAAGCCACCGGACCGCUUGCAUGGCUGCUGCUGCCGCCGCCCCCUUUGCCCAAUACCGCCCGAGGUUUCUUCCCUUGCCGCAGGGCCGCGCUCCGUCUGGCGCAGCCGAACGGUGCCUGGCGGCUCCCGCUUGUCCCGCGGCGCGGGGGCUGGGCAGAGCCAGGGGCGCUGCGAGGGACGGCGGCUGGCGCUAGGAGGACCCGGGAGCUGCUCGUCUCACUGCGCCCAGGGCCACCUCGCAAGCGACUGGUAGUGAAACUGUAAUAGGACAUGGCAACCAGCUUACAGCUUUAUAAGAAGAGUACAUUUCCUCCUCUUCUGAAUAUUUAUCAGCCACCACAUUGCAGGAAUGAGGACGCGCAAGAUGAAUCGAUGGGAGAGAGUCUCCCAUCGACAUGCUGCAAUGAAGAUACCAUGAAUGACAAAAACCCCAAAAAGAUGAUGAAAGAUGACAACGGGAAGAAGAGGAACAACAAAUCAUCCUUUAGCGAUGAAGACCAAGAAGAUGCAAUGAAACUGGCCCUGCUAGAACAGCACCAUCUUGAAAACUACAAGAAUCUAUACAGGCUGAGAAAUGCCAUGUAUGUGCAUUACAGGGAUUUGUUGAACAAGAAAGUUCAAAAGCAACGAAUUCAGAUCCAAAUGUCUGAUCUCAACUUCAGACAAAAUCUUGAACAGCAAGGAAGAAAAAAGUGUAUCCCUGGACAUCAAGUGCCCUACUGCAAAUUGUCUCACGAUGCUAAGUACCUCAAGUCUAUUCCACAGUCCAGUAAUUACCUGGUGAUAGGAUUGCAGAAUGAGUUAACUAGACGUGGAAUCUUAAAGAACCAGCAAGAUUAUGAAGACUUUUGGACACUGAUCCUAGAGGGCACUCACGGUUCACGGCUUAAAGAAAAACUUCAGGAUAUAAAAUUUAAAAUGGUUGCAGCUAAGUCUUUUCCUUCACAUCCUGUUGUGAGAACCGGUGCAGCACAGUCAGCAAAUGUCCUUCUGAACAACCGAUGUGGGCAGCUGAAAACGAGCUCAGCUUCUCUACCAGGAUCAGUGUCCUGCCAACCACCAGCUCAUCAUCCAAGUAAACUCACGAAGGCCCAAGAAGAAACUGAGCAAAUAUUUCCUAAGCUGCUGCUUUCUUGGCUUUCUGAAUUGCAGAAAAGGCCUGAAGAGCAAUCCAGAACUCAGGAGGUGAGCAAACCUUGCAAAAGGACUAGGAAGCAUUUCCACCAGGAACGACAUCUGAUUUACUUGCAUCAUAUGUAUCAUCUCGCCCUUCUUAAUAUGACAUCUUCCAAGAGACUGCUGGAGAAAAAUGGCCAGUUCGCAGUUGCUGAAAAAGAGCACAGUGUCCAUGAUCUGAUGGAAUACUUGUUUCCAAGUCAUCAUAAACAACCUGGAAAUAGUUCCACUGAAAGAGGGAUAGAGGAAAGCACAUUUCCCAUUUUGCUAGACAGGAAACAGCAUGAGCAAUGUCACAGGGGCUUCUCCAAAACACGCAUCGUUUUUAAAGAAAUGAAAAACAAUUCAAAGGAGAAACAACAUGAAAAUAAAGGAGCUGUUGAAAUUUUGGAGGAUCAGAAAUAUAAUAACAGCGCCUUUGCCCCACAUGAAAUGAUCACUGUGCCUCUUACCAUGGAAGAUGUGGUUCUGAACAAUCCAGUUGUGGAAGCUAAGUCAACAGUUACCUACUGGACUAAUUAUGUGGACAAAGACUAAUCCAUUUUCUAAAGAGGAAAAGGAUGACUAAAAUGCAAACUCACAACAGCAAUAAAAUUGCAGCUUUAUGUAGAUCUUAAUGCUGUAUCCCACACAUACCGUGAUGUACCUAUAUUAUGAAAUCACUGUACUGAAUGUAAUUCAACGUUCUACAGGCCAAAAUCUUGAUCUGAAUGUUGUCAUUCACUUUAAUUAGAGCAGGAUUUGGCUCUAGAGCAGUGCUACUAUGGAAUGAUUCAAAACAAAGGAUAAAUGUGUCUUCUGAAAAUAGAUAAUUUACUGUACAAUUGGCUGAGUUCCUAAUCUUUAACUGAUCUACAGUAUUAAUUGUUAGAACAUACACCAAUGAACUAGUUGAUGCUUUUGUAGUUGCAGGUUAUACUGAUAUGAUGAAAAACAAUUUCUCAUUGAGCUCUUGCAAGCUGAGCAAUGAAAGCAAAGGAGGGAGAUUUAAAAAAAAGUAGAGAAGUCUAGUUUAAGAUAAACAAUGACUUAGAUGCAAGACACGCUUUCACUUAAUCAAAGAAGGCAGACAGGCUACUUAUGGGAAUUUGGUCAGAAAUACACUUACCUCAUAGUUCUUUAAUCUAAACAUCGACCUGUAAAUCUAUAUUGUAAGCUUCUAAGCAUUCACUAUAAAAUUAAAUGUGCCCAAUUUCA